AAAUUUUUGCUUUUCUUGUUUUGGUUGUGUUGUGGCUUGUUCAGUGUUUUUAUAACUGAAGUUUUAAAUAAAACAUAAUUUCAAUUUAUUUAAAGCUUGCAAAUUAUAGCAGCAUGUCGUCGACAAUAUUCCUAUCAACUAAUAAGUAAAGUGAAUUUAUAUCAGAUAGCAUUAUAUAACUAUUUUUAAAACUAAUCCUUACGUUUAACGGUACACUUUGUACCGAUGUGUUGAAUAGAUUCAUAUAAUUCUGUAUCGGUGUAAGGCCCCUAGAAAGACAGUUGUGUCGGUCAGUUGGUCAUAGCGAAGGUCACAGCCGGUUUCGUAGGCAGAAGCUACUGCUUUAAAAUCAACAGUGCUUAGUGGUCGGGCCACUAAAUCGCAUGGUCGUGGCGUGUGGAAGUACAUAUUUGUCUCGUCUUACGGUGAAAGUUAGACGAUAGUACAGUUGCGUGAGGUUCCGUUAAGAAAUGUCUGAUUAUACUGUGAAUAAAUUAAUUGGGUAUAUUGAAGAAUUGUAGAAUUUAUUUUGAUUAAAAGUCAAAGAGUUGCAAAUCGAGUUUUAUAUAAAUUUGUACUGUAACAUAAUAAGUGAAAAUGGCUUUACAAAUGGAACAGAAGAAUGAUAUUACCUUUAUACUCAAGAGCCUAUUAGCUGGAGGUGUUGCCGGAAUGUGUGCAAAAACCACGGUAGCACCGCUUGACCGCAUCAAGAUCCUGCUUCAAGCACAAUCGGUGCACUAUAAGCAUCAUGGGGUUGUCGGCGGCCUCGCUGCCAUCAUCAAGAAAGAGUCCCUGCUUGCACUCUACAAAGGGAAUGGUGCUCAGAUGGUCAGGAUAUUCCCGUAUGCAGCUACACAGUUUACUAGUUUUGAGAUUUAUAAGAAGUACCUAAACCGCGUUCACGUGCCAGUAGUCCAACACGGGGACAAGUUCAUAGCGGGCGCGGCGGCGGGGGUGACCGCGGUGACUCUGACCUACCCGCUGGACACGAUCCGCGCUCGUCUGGCGUUCCAGGUCCACGGGGAGCACAAGUACUCUGGUAUAGCACACGCGGCGGUCACUAUGUUCAAAACGGAAGGCGGCGCGCGCGCACUCUACCGCGGUUUCGUGCCAACCAUGGUGGGCAUGAUCCCCUACGCCGGCUUCAGUUUCUACUGCUUCGAGUCACUGAAAUACGUCUGCAUGAAGUACCUCCCCACCACGCUGUGUCGCAAGUGCGAGCGUAACACUGGCGGUCUAGUACUGACUGUGCCCGGCAAGCUGGUGUGCGGCGGGCUGGCGGGCGCGGUGGCGCAGUCUGUGUCGUACCCGCUGGACGUGACGCGGCGCCGCAUGCAGCUCGCCUGCAUGGACCCGCACACCGCCAAGUUUGGCACGGGCAUGAUCAAAACUCUAACGUUGAUAUACCACGAGAACGGCAUAGCGAAAGGCCUGUACCGCGGCAUGAGCAUCAACUACAUCAGAGCCAUACCCAUGGUGGCCACCAGCUUCUCCACCUACGAGCUGAUGAAGCAACUUCUACAAUUAGACACGGGCAUGAAGGUCUCUUAAUGUACAACUUUUGUAAAAAAAAAGUUAUCAACAUUUGUAAAGAGAAUAAAGGUUGGAAUAAUAUAAGACUUUAGAAAUGCCAUUUGUAUUUGAAACUAUAUGAAUGAAGUGUUCUAUUCAGUUGAAAAGCAGUCAGUGUUGUGGUCUCAUCAGUUUACCAGUACAUGUCAUUUCUAUAAUCUUAUAUUAUUCCGAAUUGUAAUACAUAGUCUUAUUCGACAUAAAAUACGAGGCAAAGUUAGUUUUAAGUUUAAGCGAAGAAAAUACGACAAGCGAACAGUAGAUUUUAAUGACAAUUUAGUACAUGCUUGCCUGAUUUACGCAGACCUAGCCUACCCGGUUAUCAUAAGAGAAUUUAGUUCUCCCCAGGUGGGACGCAUCCCGGAAGUGGUGGCGUACAAAAAUAUCAUUUAAAUUGGUGAAAAUAUAAUAAUGAUUAAUUUUAUAGUCACAAUUGCGUGAUAAGACAUUUAGAAAUUUAACUUUAUUUACUACGUGGCAUAAAAGACAUUUAUAAAUGAUUGAACAUAAUCGAUUAAGAAUAUAUAAAUUUAGAAUAACCAUUAUCAAUGAUAACCUCUGACCAAAAACUUAUGUAAAAUCCUAUUGAAUAUCUAUCAAGUGCAAACAUCGGUCAGUUAUUAUUAGUUUCCUGUUAAACGUACAUAACUAAAAAUAUAUAUAAAAAUUUUAAUAUUUUUUUAUGCAAAAAGUGUUAUUUCCAUAGACAAAAAGAGACUAGACUGUAGACCUAGAAUUGGCAAAUCAAAGACUAAUCAUUACAUUCUGUCUAUAAACAAGCAUGUUUUUUGUCAUUAUAUUAUAAGAAAUGAAA